ACCAGCAAGAACAUGGUGAACUUCAUUGUUGCGGCCUCAAACAAUGUCUUCUGAUUCUUUCUGAAGAAAUGCAAAGUGUUGGUCCGAAUACUACUACUACUGCUACUGGUACUGCCUGCUUCUGAUAGUACGGUGGAUCUCAGAAUGGUCUGGUAUCUGGCACCUGAAAAUGUAUGCCUGUCCAGUCGUCACAUCGGCUAUUUAUGAACGUCAAGCAGCCCUUCUUCCACAUAUGGAGUGGAGUACCAAAGGAGUGGAUCAAAAACCCACCCAGGCCAGAGACUAACUUGAGACAGACUACUGUGGGGGGGAAGGGGAAGGCACCAGUACCACCUCCAUGCACCAGCCCUCCGGUGGCAGCCCCCCGCACCAGGCUGUCUCUCCGUUUCAUCCCUACAGAGCUCCUCCGUCCAGCGCUGCCGGAGUAUCCCGCCCGUCCUGCGCUGCCGGAGUAUUCCGCGCUGCCGGAGUAUCCCGCCCGUCCGGCGCUGCCGGAGUGUCCGGCGCAGCCGGAAUCUCCCGCCCGUCCGGCGCGGCGGGAGUCUCCCGCCUGUCUGGGACCCAUUUCUAGGGUCCCCAGUCCGAGGUCGGCGGCGAGGGUCGCCGUGUUUAGGAUGCCACGGAGGCGGACAAUGAGGUGGAGAAAGACUGUGUUGACGUCCCGCGCCAGAGCCGCCACCGCGGACAGACGCCCACCCAGACCCUCCCCUUUAGGAUUCAGGUUUUGCGGCAGGAGUCCGCACCUUUGGGGGGGGGGUACUGUCAUGUUCUGA